AUGGAUCAUCUUAACCUGUCUCCGCCGCAAUCGUUGAUCCAGAAUCUAGAACUGUGCGUCAGCAAUGACCAUAUUAGCAGCCUUACGCCUGACUUAUUACUGCACAUCUUCGGAUACCUUCGAGAAGACGGUAGAUCGCUUUGCAAUUAUGCCCUUGUGUGCCGCCGUUGGCAAAAGCUGCUCGAGCCUUUGAUCUACAACACGAUUCAAGUAUACAACGAAGCCCCUACACCACCUCGCGCUUUCUCGGUAGUCAGAUUCAAACACUUUGUUGGGGGUCUCAAUAAUGUGAGACGAAGGGCCAUGGUUCGCAAGCUAGUCUUUCAUUACCAGGCUACCCAGUUUCCCAGAGGACCGGGCGAGACCGCGUCGCGAGCUCAGGACCCUGCGCAGAAUCCCACUGAUGCAGGUUUCAGGAAAGCAGUCGCUGGACUCUUUCAAACAUUGCGGUUCUGGGAGCCUUGGUACAAGAUCGAGCUUGAUAUUGCUUUGGCGUAUAGCUACACAGGCGCACCACGACUGGCAUCCAUGGCGAACCCGUCAACUACGGCUGACUUGGUCACUUUUCCUACUGUCCAUUGUGUGGCUGAAAUCGCUUUCCACUACAGCGAACACGGACAGGUGUUUCAACGUAUUUGGGAAGCGACACCGUUCCAUAUUGCCCAAUCCUGUGCGAAUCUGGCUUCGCUAGUGAUGGAUUCGGAUGCAUUUAAGCUUACCGGCCGUCAGGCUCCCGUGAUAAGGCGACGCAAAGUCAUAGCUGAAUGCUUGGACGGCUUGCCUGCCACCAUCGAGAAUUUCAGCAUGCGAGUCAUAGGCGUCAGUAAUCCGUACGUCCUCGAUUGGUUCACCCCUGAGGAGGAUCCCUUCUCUUGCAAGCUGUUACGCAUCACCACUCACCUCCACGCGAUCAAACUGUACAAUGUGACUAUACCUGUUGAUUUUUGGUGCCCGCUCGAUAAGAAUUACAGGCCCAAAAGGGAUCGCCCUGUCUGGCCCUGUCUUACCCAUAUACUUUCCGACGACAAUUGUCUCGUUGAAGGCACGGGUAAGCUAGUCCUUGUCCGUCUCAUUUAG